AUGGCUGAAGCUGGGCGUCGAGUCCAGCCAAAUUUGAGCCGCUUUACAGUAGCCUCAGUUAUCCGGGCUUUUAGAGAAGAGAAUAGAAUAGAAAGACGGCCAGCAAGAGGCGGCAGACACCAGAAAUUCACACUUGAACAAGAGACCACCAUAGUAAACAUGGUUUUGGAAAACAAUGCAAUUACCCUGAGGGAAAUCAGGGACAGAGUCCUGGAAGACAAUGUUCAUUUCACAAACAUUGACCAGGUCAGCCUGUCCACAAUCGACCGUGUUUUAAAACGUCACCAGCUGAGUAUGAAGCAAGUUUAUCGUGUUCCAUUUGAGCGCAACUCUGACUAUGUGAAGGAGCAACGUUGCCAAUAUGUGCAGAGAGUGCUUGAACUAGAUGCCAGUGCUGUUCCCUAUGAAUAUAUAUUCAUUGACGAGGCAGGGUUCAACCUGCAUAAGAUCAGGCGGCGGGGGAGGAACAUCAUUGGCAACCGUGCCAUUGUCAAUGUCCCUGGGCAGCGUGGUGGAAACAUCACCAUGUGUGCUGCCAUUGGUCACCGUGGGGUUAUACAUCACCAUGCACAACUUGGUCCUUAUAACACUCCUCGUUUGGUAUCAUUUCUUGAUGAACUCAAAAAUCUCCUCAAACUCCCACAGGAAGAAGAACUAGAGCAGCCCUCCUACGUUGUCAUCUGGGAUAAUGUACGUUUCCACCGGGCAGCUCUGGUCAAUGACUGGUUCACUAACAAUCCCCAAUUUGUUGUGCUGCACCUUCCACCAUAUUCCCCAUUUUUAAAUCCAAUAGAGGAAUUCUUUUCUGCAUGGAGGUGGAAAGUGUUUGAACGCAGACCCCACGAGCGUGUGGCGUUACUUCAGGCAAUGGAAGAGGCAUGUGAUGACAUCCACACAGCUGAUUGCCAAGGAUGGAUUCGUCAUGCAAGGCGUUUUUUCCCCCGCUGUUUGGCUAGAGAGAAUAUUGCAGCUGAGGUAGAUGAGGUCCUCUGGCCUGACCGAGAACAGAGGCGUGAUGAAUAGUAAUCUGUUUCUUUGCAUUUUGCAAUAAAUACAUUUUUGUUA